AGUGAGAGGGAGGACAGGAAUGAAGGGGGUCCCACAGUCUCUCCCCUCAGCUCCCAUUGGACGGCGGCGUUCCCUCUGUUUUUACAUCGCUGCCGUCAGUUGCGCUUUGGAGUUUGUUUUACGCAUUCUGGCGCACAUACACGCCGCACAUGUGCAUGCACGCGUAAAUGUACACACUGCGGGGUCCGGGGCUAGAACACGUGCAGCGAGAAUACAGGAACCUGUGGAGCUGAAGUCGGCCUACGGGGACGCAGAGUGACCAGGAGGAGAGCGAGGCGACCCGGGACAGCCCAGACCGACGGAAUGACGUCCACCAUGACUAGACAUCUGGGCCUCUUCAUUCUGGCUCUCGGUGUGAUUGGACAGGAGGUCCCAUCAAGCCCUCACGGCUGCACCGAGGGAAGCUGUUACCCGGCAACGGGAAACCUUCUGAUUGGACGGGCCGUCAACCUCACCGCCACCUCCACCUGCGGACUGAAUGGUCCGGAGGAGUACUGCAUCGUCAGCCAUCUGCAGGAGUCAGAUAAGUGUUUUAGAUGUAACUCCCAGCGUCCCUACAACCCUGACCACCACCGAAACAGCCACCGCAUCGAAAAUGUGAUCUACCUCACAGACAGGAACGGAGACAACACCUGGUGGCAGUCUGUCAACGGGCAGGAGGACGUCAGCAUCCGACUGAACCUGGAGGCCGAAUUCCACUUCACACAUCUCAUCAUGAAGUUCAAGACGUUCCGACCUGCAGCCAUGAUCAUCGAGCGUUCGGCUGAUUUCGGCCGUAAGUGGCGCCCCUAUCGCUACUUCGCCUCAAACUGUACGAGGACUUUCCCCGGCAUACCUGCCAACGGCCUGCAGCACAUCAACGACAUCAUCUGCGAGGAACGCUACUCUGACAUCGAACCCUCCACUAACGGAGAGGUCAUUUAUAAAGUCUUGGAUCCGGCCAUUCACGUGAAAGACCCAUACAGCCUGGACAUUCAAGAACUUCUUCGCAUCACCAACCUGCGCAUCAACUUCACGAAGCUCAACACUCUGGGCGAUGACUUGCUGGACCGGCGCUCUGAUGUCCUGCAGAAAUAUUACUACGCCAUCUACGAGCUGGUGGUCCGAGGCAGCUGCUUCUGUUACGGCCACGCCUCCGAAUGCGCUCCAGUGCCGGGGGUCUACACCCAGGAGACCCUCACGACUGGUCAGAUCCACGGUCGCUGUGUCUGCAAACACAACACCGAGGGCCUGAACUGUGAGCGCUGUAGAGAUUUCCACCACGACCUGCCGUGGAGACCGGCCGAGGCAGAGAACCCGCACACCUGCAGAGAGUGUAACUGUAACGGCCACUCUGGUCAGUGUCACUUCGACAUGGCGGUGUAUCUGGCGACGGGAAACGUCAGCGGAGGAGUUUGUGACGACUGUAAGCACAACACGAUGGGACGAAACUGUGAGAUGUGCAAACCUUUCUACUACCAGGACCCCAACAGGGACAUCAGGGAUCCUCGGGUUUGUGUCGCCUGCGACUGCGACCCGGUGGGAUCUCUGGAGGGCGGAGUCUGUGACAGCCACACCGACCUGGACAUGGGGAUGAUCGCCGGACAGUGUCGCUGCAAAGCUCACGUUAAAGGAACUCGCUGCGACGACUGCAAAGAAGGUUACUACGGACUCAGCCAGAACGACCCGCUCGGCUGCCAACCCUGCAACUGUAACCCUCGUGGCAUCAUCAUGAUGGGAGCUCCUUGUGAUCAGAUCAGCGGUGACUGCUCCUGCAAAAGAUACGUCACCGGUCGCUACUGCAACCAGUGUCUGCCUGAAUACUGGGGCCUCAGUAAUGACCUGGCCGGCUGCAGACCUUGUGACUGUGACUUUGGCGGAGCCUUCAACAACAGGUGCAUGAUGGAAAAUGGCCAGUGUGACUGCAGGAGGCAUCUAAUUGGUCGACAGUGUUCGGAUGUGCAGCCUGGCUAUUACUGUGCUCCGCUGGAUUAUUACAAGUAUGAGGCCGAAGACGCCACUGGACACUCUCCCAGCGACUCUGCAUUGCCGGGUAAAGUUCGUCCUCAGGCUACAAACGACUGCGUUGAGCAUCUCAGUAACCAGCUGAGGAGGCACCGGAGGCAUCGUCGCAUCACCAACUCACAGCAGCAUCAGGCAGCGCUGAGACGCAUCCGCCAGCUUCAGCAAACACCGGAUGUGCGGACGGUUCAUAGAGAACACACUCCCAGCCACAUGGUGACCUGGACUGGACCUGGGUUUGCUCGAGUCAAAGAUGGCGCCGGCCUGGUGUUCACCAUCGACAACAUCCCCUACGCCAUGGAGUACGACAUCAUGAUCCGCUACGAACCCGAGUCGACAGAAGACUGGGAGGCCGUGGUCAGUAUAACCUCCGUCCAGCUGCCCUCCAGUCUCCGCUGUGGAAACCUCCUACCGACUGAACAGCUCUACACCGUCACCCUGCCACACCGUAACAGGUACAUCCAGAUGCCGAGGCCGUUUUGUUUUGAGCCCAGUAAUCGUUACGUGGUCGCCAUCAGGUUCCAGCGUCACGGAGUCGCACACCGACACCUAACCGCCUUCAUUCUGAUCGACUCGCUGGUCCUGAUCCCCAAAUACACAGAACUUCCUGGUUUCGAAGGUAACACACCAGAAGCGGAGCAGCGACGGGAUGAGAUGAUUCGCUACAUGUGUUUGGAUUCUUUCAUGAUCACGCCGAUGCCAGCUCUGGCUGAGAUGUGCUCCAAACUUAUCUGCAGUAUUUCCUCAAUCAUCCACGACGGCGCUCUGCCCUGUCAGUGUGACCCUCAGGGAUCCCUCAGCGGGGAAUGUGAUAAGGUCGGAGGUCAGUGUCGCUGUAAACCCAACGUUAUGGGUCGCCGCUGUGACCAGUGUGCACCUGGAACCUAUGGCUUUGGAGCGAAUGGUUGCACUGCCUGCGACUGCCACCCUGAGGGUUCUCUGAGCCACCAGUGUGACCCAGGUACCGGCCACUGCCAGUGCAGGCCAGGAGCUACUGGUCGCCAGUGCUCCGACUGCCAGCCAGGCCAGUGGGGCUUCCCCAGCUGCAGCCCCUGCCAGUGCAACGGCCACGCCGACCUCUGCGACCCACGGACCGGAGAAUGUGGAGGCUGCAGGGACUACACAGCUGGACACCUCUGUGAACGCUGUGUGGAUGGAUUCUUUGGAAACCCAGUGCUUGGAUCAGGGGAGCACUGUCGGCCUUGCCCCUGCCCCGGCAACCCUGGCUCUGAUCACUUCAAUGGGAAUUCUUGUCAUGCUGACCAUACAUCUAAUCAGAUCAUCUGUAACUGCAAACAAGGAUAUAGUGGUCCGCGAUGUAACCAGUGUGCCCCUGGUUACUAUGGCAACCCAGAGCAGGCCGGUGGGCAGUGUCUCCCCUGCCAGUGCAACGGCAACAUUGAGACCCAGGACCCUGGGUCAUGUGACCCGAGGACCGGCCAAUGCCUGAAGUGCCUGUACCACACCGAUGGCCCGUCCUGCGACCGCUGCCAGAUUGGUUACUACGGCAACGCUUUGGCCCAAGACUGCAGGCGCUGUACCUGUGUUACUGCUGGAACCAUCCACUCUGCCUGCAGCGACGGUCAGUGUCAGUGCGACCGGCAGACCGGCAGCUGUACCUGCAGGGAGAACGUGGACGGACACAACUGCGACCAGUGCGCUGCGAACCACUGGAACUACGGUCAGGACAGAGGCUGCGAACCCUGUAACUGUGACCCUCAACAUGCUCUGGGAAGUCACUGCAACAUGUUCACGGGCCACUGUCAUUGUCGUCCAGGCUUCGGAGGUAAACAGUGCACCGAGUGUGAGCAGUUCCACUGGGGAGACCCACGGGUUCAGUGUCAAGAGUGUAACUGCCACCCGGUGGGUUCAGAAAUAGUCCAGUGUGAUCGGGCAACGGGUGCAUGUGAAUGCCAUGAGGGAGCGGCGGGUAAACGCUGUGAUGAAUGCGCUCGAGGCUUCACCGGCAACUUCCCGAAGUGCGUCCAGUGUCACCCAUGUUUCCAGCUAUGGGACGACGCCGUCUGUCAGAUCAGGAGAGACCUGGAGCACAUCCAGUACACGCUGCAGAAGAUCCUGGACAGCGGCGUCACGCCAGGAGUCGGAGAUGGUCGCAUCAGAGAGCUGGAGAGGAAACUAAAGCAGGUGAAGGACCUCAUCAGUGGCCAGGACAGCGACAAGAUCCACCAGCUGAUUGGACAGAGCAUUGAUGACCUCAGGGCUGAGAUCGCUCUCACAGAUGGACGUCUGAUGAGCAUCGGUCGGGAGCUGAACACAACAGCAGAAGACAACGAGGCCCUGAAACGCAUUUUAGAUACCUUAGAGAAGGAACUGAGGGACGUCAAUGCCACGGUGGCUCACAAACAGAACCUCAUCGACGACUACCUCACCUCAGGGUUUGCAGAUCAGUUUGAGAAAGUGAAGAAGUACUACCAGCAGUCCUCGCAGGCUCAGGAGAGAUGCAACGCUUCAGUGUCUGGUCCUUCGAGUCCUGUAGAGCAGUCCAACAAAACCAGAGCGCUGACCGAGGAGCUGCUGGACGCCCGUAAAGACAAGUUCCUCCGAGGUCUGGCUGCUGAGAACAAGUCUCUGAGUGAGCUGCAGCAGAAGAGCCACGACCUGAAUAAGAAGGUGCAUCAUCUCAGCCACAAGGUGUGCGGAGGUCACAGCAACUCCAGCGUCAACGACAGUUGCCCGGACAGUCGAUGCGGCGGCGCCGGUUGCCGUGACGACCUGGGUAACCGUGUCUGCGGAGGCGAGGGAUGCAACGGGACGGUUAGCGCCUCCGUAGCUGCACUAAACAACGCCAGGAACCUCUCAGACAGUCUGAACGCCGCCAAGGACGAGCUGCAGGGCGUCUCAAAGAAGCUCCAGGAUAUUGCCGCUCUGACUCAGGAUGUGAAGAACCAGGCGAUGAACAUGCUGGAGAAAGCCCAAAAGAAGAAGGACCACUAUGAAAAUAACAACAAGAAGCUCAAAGACUUUAUUAAGAAGAUCAAAGACUUCCUCACUGAGGAGGGAGCCGAUCCGGAGAGCAUCGAGAAGAUCGCUCAGCAGGUUCUGUCGAUCCAGCUGCCGGUCAACAGAACCACUCUGAACAAGAUGAUCAUGGAGAUAAAAGACAACCUGAGGAACCUCACCAACAUCCAGGGGAUCGUCAAUCAGACCUCACAGCACAUCAGCAAAGCCAAGGAGCUGCUGGACAAAGCUAAAGAUGCUAAGAGUCGAGCAGAGGCAGUGAAGGACACCGCUAACAGCACCAAGCAGGCGUUGGAUGUGUCCAAGAAGGCCAUCGACAAAGCAAAGAAAGCGCUGAAGGAAGCUCACGACAACCUGAACGACACGAGGAACGCUACAGCUCAGGUGAAGGAGAAGCUGGAGGAGCUGGAGGACAAGCAGAUGGACGUCAUGAUGCGUUUAAACAACCUUUCCAUCGGCGUCGACGCUCUGAAGAACAAGACGGAGCAGAACAGGCAGAUGGCUAAAGACGCUUUGGAACAGGCUAACAACGCCACUAAAACAGCUUCAUCUCUGGAUAAGAGUGUAAACGACACAGAGGAACGGUACCGCGAGCUGAAGAAGAAGCUGGACUCUCUGGGCGGUGAGUCUGGGAACCUGACCAGCAUCCACCAGAAGGCCAAAGACAUGAAGAAGGACGCAGAAGAUCUCCUGAACAAAGCCAAGAACGGCAUAAAACAGCUGGACAAACUGGAGAAGAAGUUCAGGAACAACGAGCAGCGGAUGGAGAAGCAGCGGAUGGAGCUGGACGAGCUGAAGAGAAACGCCACGGUGGUGCGAGACGAGAUCCGGGAACAAGUGCAGAAAUACAGCAACUGUCUGUGACGACGCUCCCGGAAGUAAAAAACAAAAUGCUGCUGUGGAGGAGCUCCCUCCGUCAUUCCACUGGUACGUUUUACACAUUUACCUGUCAAGUGUUAAAUCUGUGAGGUGCUGAACCACUUCCUCACUCCUACAUAUCAACAACACGCCUGUGACGUGUUCCAGCCUUACAGGAGUGGAGAACCUGCGAUAAAGCCACCAUGAGUUGAUUCAUGAAUAAAUAAUCCACCGAAUAUUAGAGCGUGUUAUCAGAAAGAGUUACUCGGACCAAAAGUGCUGUUCACAUUUUGUGUGUUCUGUGUUUUUUGCUGUAAUUUGACCACAUUAGCCUGAUAUUUACGACAUUCCUGCUAAGAAAUCUGCGGAAUUAAAGUUUGUGUUUGUUAUUAUCACAAAGGAGAAUAAAGGCAGAAAUAUCUCUAUAAGCUAAAUUCAUUCUGAGGCGUGACGAUGGAGAAAAAUAAAUUUCAUACAGUUUAUGUGA